AUGACAUUUUUUGUUUGUUCACAGAUGAGGAGACGUGGAAGGGUUAGCAAGCCCAGAGGACCGGUUCAACUUCCUGCAAGUGCAAGUCAAGAGGACGCGAAUACAGAUGACGGACAAGAGCAUGAGGCGCAUUUACCACGGGCACCGACGGGACUUGGGGAUACGGAACUUCAGAUAUGGCUUCCCCGUCCCCUUCCACCACCUCACCGUCACAGUUUACAUCCUCACCACCCUACUGCAGCUCCACGACCAGCGGUAUCACAUACACAUUCACCUCAUCCUGCAUCCCCUUCUGGUACUGCAUCCGCUAGAGGGACAGGAUCUGCAUCAGCAUCUACUCCAUCAUCUGCUCCUGCAUCUAUUCCAGCAUCAGCUGCAUCGACCACUGCUGUAGACGGAACACAGUCAUUCCGACAGACUAUUUCACUCAUUAACAACAAUUUGCAUCCGUCGGAGAUGUGCAGUCGCAGGAUAACUCUGAUAGUGAAAGAAAGAUUGGUCAAGGAAGGCCACUGUUGGAAGACUGUGCCCAAUGAAACUAAGGAGUUUUAUUGGCAGGAAUUCAAGAAAAAGGCAGCUGAGCCAUACAGGGGCUUAAUGUGGGAAAUCCGGAAAGGAAAGGCGAAGAAUCUUGCAACCCCUGGUUCUGUUUUGAGGAAGUGGCAGGAAACUUGGAACACUUCUGAAUACAAAGAGAAGUGUGAGAAGUUUUCUGCCAAUAGGUGCAGUGAGGCUGGAAGUUCAGGAUCUGGCAUUUCCGAGCACGCAUGCGGUUCUGUUUCACAGUACACCCACCAGCGGAGGAUGAGGAAAAGACUAGGCAGAGAACCACAUCCUCAUGAGCUUUUUGAGGCCACACAUAAGAGAAAGGGGACGGAGGAGUUUGUUGAUGCGAGAUCAAAAGCUAUUUAUGAUAAAUACAUACAACUGAAGGAGGCUGCUACACAUCAACAGGAGGGAAGCAAUGAGCCGACGCCCAUAAAUGAGGCCCAACUGUACUACGAAGCGGUUGGCGGACAGAAAAAGAGUCGAGUUUAUGGGUUAGGGUCCCAGGCCUCAGCAUAUUUUCAUGAGCCAUCUCAUUGUUCUGCAUCAUACACGUCUGCACCCCCAGUGGAUCCUCCUACAAUUGAAACAAUGAACAGGAUGCAAAAUAAAAUUGAUCGGCUAGAGACAGAGAAUAAUCGAAUUACCACAAGGCUGGACGAGUUACAGACGAUUAUGCAUAGGAUGAUGGCACAACAGGGUAUUGGGACAUCCACUCAGACAUCUGGUCCUACGGUACCUCCAGCUUCGUCUCCACAGCAGCGGCGUGAUGAUGCCCCUGUCAUUGGUGAUCAUCAUACAGAUAGUGAUGAUGAUACAAAUGAUGAGCUAGCUAGUUUAGUUUAA